AUGCUGAAACGAAAAACGGCUAGGAUGACUAUCUGUGCUUAUAAGGUACGUACGCUUGCAUCGGAAGCGGCCAUCGAAGAUCUGCCGAUGCAAGCCAAGGAGACUAGGUACGACGUCAUCAGACUGACUGAGACGACACGACGCCACCCUCUAAACGCCGUAUAUGAAACUGGAGAAGAACUGUUCGUAGGAACAUGCGGCAGUAGAGGUGUUGGUGGAGUUGGCGUCCUCGUCAACACGAGUAUGGCAAAGAACAUCGACUCUUUCGAACAACUUACGACCCGAAUCGGACGUCUGCGGAUGAGGAUACGGAUAACGGAUAAGAUGUGGUCCAACACCAGCUUCGACUAUCUUCGUCGCUUAUGCUCCAACAUAAAGCUACGAAGAAGAAGAAGUCGGAUCUUUCUAUAUGGACCUGAAGAAGUUCUACCGAGAAGAUCAUGCCUUCUACAAGGUCGUAACUGGCGAUUUCAACCCAACGUUGGCCAAAGAAAAACGCCUGAGGAACUUCACAUCGGGAUCCACGGCCUACUGGAAUGA